CGGCAGCACUUCAGACAGCAUUAUGCUGUAGUCGGCAAUCUUCCUUUUUGGUAUAAAGAGGUACAGGGAGGGGGUGAUGAUGCUACUACUAGUCGAACGGUGGGACGGACGUGCAAUUCAGUUUUUGGGCACGCAUGCGGUGCUGCAGGGAUUUUUAGGUGUACCUCUUCGGGCUCUUGCAUACCUUUUUCUCGUCAUAUGUGUGCGUGUUCUUUAGAUCCUCAGAUGGCUCUAGCACUUUCGUGACCACGGGCUGAGAGUCUUUUGCUUUUGCUUUUUGGCGGUUAGCAACUGACAUACGGUUUAAUGUGAAGACAACAACAACAACAACAACAUAAUCAACACACACACACCAUUUUCCCUGUCUGGAGCCCCCCCUCCAAUUUCGAACUUUAACUUUCGAAGGACCAGCGGUUAGUUCCUGGCGUGAGAGGCAGACGAGCGCAGCGGGUAAGGUGACGGUUACCUUUGAUCUCGCUCACACCAAGCCUAAGCAUGGACACCGACUCGGCCGCUCGGCUAGCACCUGAAGAGGUAGGGCGUCAUCUCGGAGUGGACGUACAAAGCGGUCUCAGCAUGCUGGAAGUGUCGGUGCGACAGGGGCUUGUUCCUCCAAAUGAGUUGGAGAAAGAAGAGGAGGACCCGCUGUACAAGAGAUACCUGGAACAGUUCAAAGACCCGCUCAUCCUGCUGCUGUUGGGGUCGGCGGUGCUGAGCCUUCUCAUCAAGCAGUACGACGACGCCGUCAGCAUUUUCAUGGCCGUCACGAUCGUGGCAACGGUGGCGUUCGUGCAAGAGUACCGCUCGGAGCAGUCGCUCCAGGCGUUGACCACGCUCCUCCCUCCGCACGCUACCUGCCUUCGUGGGGGCAAGGCUUCGGACGUGAUGGCGCGAGAGCUUGUCCCCGGAGACGUGGUGCUGGUAAAGAGCGGCGACCGCAUCCCUGCAGACUGCCGCUUGGUUCAGGCUGCCGACCUGUUUGUCGACGAGUCGAGCUUGACCGGAGAGGGCCACGCACGCGAGAAGGUAACCGCGGCCCUUGGUGCGGUGGCAAGGGGAGACGAUCGACCAGACGGCGCCGGACCCGUGAGCCACGGACACAGAGCGAUCCCGCUGGCGGAGUGCAAGAACAUGGUGUUUAUGGGGACCCUCGCUUGCGGUGGCCACGCGAAGGCGGUCGUCGUCGCUACAGGGAUGAAGACGGAGUUCGGCAAGACGUUCGAGGACAUGAAGGACAUCGAGACUCGGCGCACGCCGCUGCAGAUCAAGAUGGACGAGCUGGGGAAGCAGCUGAGCCUCCUCAGCUUCGGUAUCAUCGGAGUCAUCGCGCUCGUGGGGGUGCUACAGGGCAAGAAGCUGCUGGACAUGUUCAACAUCGGGGUGUCUCUGGCCGUGGCCGCUAUCCCAGAGGGCCUGCCCAUCUGCGUGACGGUUACACUCGCUCUCGGGGUAAUGCGAAUGGCGAAGAGGAACGCGAUCGUGAAACGGCUGCCGGCCGUUGAGGCGCUUGGGUGCGCGACCGUGAUCUGCGCUGACAAGACCGGAACACUCACCCGCAACAAGAUGACGGUGAAGGAAGUGUUCGUGCUGUCGGAGGACGACGUGUUGGCGGUGGGCGGAGUUGGCUAUGACCCUACGGGCGAGUUCACCGUGUGCGGGAGGGGCGUCACGCCCCAAAGCUGUCCCGCCGUGGCGUCUCUGCUGGAAGCGGCUUGUCUUUGCAACAACGCCUCCCUGGGGGACACGGCAGUCGGCGGGGCCAGAGCCUCAAGGCGAGUGUGGCUGCAAAUCGGAAACGAUGGUAGGAAGAAAAUGGAGAUGGUUCGCCUGUGGUUGUUCAGUAGCCAAACGCCUCCGUUCGCGCCAAUACCACACUACAUGGGCCUGGAACGUUUGAAGUUGGAGUGUGUCAUGGCGGACCUGUCGCUCGGAGCAACAAUAGAGGGCUGUGGUUGUAUCUCUGUGUUGGCUUUUCGGGUGUGGCCGUUCGGGUCCACCUUCCUGGAGAGCGCAAGUGCGUGGUGCUUGGCGAGAGAUUUUACGCUCAGAGCUCUAGUAUGCGUUCGACCCCCGCACCAUCUCAUAAACUCGUGGUUUGUACUAUUACACACCGUUUCCGUUAUUCGACACGCGCAGGUCCGUUGCCUCGACAGCGCCGGGAAGGAAACAUGCUACGUGAAGGGGUCGGUGGAGGCCGUCUUGGACAAUUGCACCAUCUGCCAGGUGCAGCGAGGGUCCGCUGCCGCGGAGAUGGGGGAGACGGAGCGGCGUCGGGUGCUGGACGCGGCCAGCGCGUUGGGGUCGAAGGGACGGAGAGUGAUGGCUGUUGCGCGCGGGACACGCGCGGACUCCCUUUUUUUUUGUGGAUUGGUCGGGAUCAUGGACCCGCCAAGGGCGAGCGCGAUCAUGUUUGCGGAAAGGAUGCAGGCGUGCUCGACAAGAAUGUGCAUGAUAACGGGCGAUGCGGAGGAUACCGCGGUCGCGGUGGCUUCAGCUGUGGGGUUCUUCGACCCUUCGCACCACCGCACCCUGUCGGGUGCCGAGAUCGAGAGCAUGAGCACGUCAGAGCUUGAGGUGGGGCUCUCGCUGCACCGCGGCGCUAGUGUUUUUUCCCUCUCAAUUUUGGUUUGCCUGCCAACAGCAACGGACAAGGAUUGA